AGAAAAACUAGCAAACCGCCACCACCUUCUCUCUCUCUCUCUGCACUCUUCAGUACUCUCUCUCUAUAUAUAACCACUUUCUUAGCAAGAAACAGGUGAACUUGUCAGGAAUUGGAAGCGAUUAUUCUGUUUAUUGCAAUAACAACUGUCGAAUCAAUGGCGACUAAGGCGGCUCGAAUGCUCAUCGGAACGAACUUGUCUCCCUCCUUUCUCGAUAUGUUGCGCAGGGGAAGGGUAUACUGCAGCCUCACCACCUGAUCGAUGAACUGGACAACAUUAUCGGCGAAGAUGCUGCCAAAGUGAAACUACGUGACGGUCCCUUUAAUGAAGUCUUGCAGUCUGCUCAGGAAGCAAUAGUUUUACCACCUUUUGUUGCUAUAGCUAUCCGACCGAGGCCCGGCGUCUGGGAGUUUGUUAGAGUCAAUGUGUAUGAACUUAGCGUGGAGGAGUUGACAGUGUCUGAAUAUUUACAUUUCAAAGAAGAACUUGUGGAUGGCCAGUACGAAGACCGCUUUGUUCUUGAACUGGAUUUUGAGCCAUUCAAUGCAUCAUUUCCUCGCCCAACUCGAUCAUCGUCUAUUGGCAACGGGGUCCAAUUUCUCAACCGUCAUCUCUCUUCAAUCAUGUUUCGCAACAAAGAUUCGUUGGAGCCGCUACUUGAUUUCCUUCGGAUGCACAGACAUAAGGGACAUGUGUUAAUGUUGAAUGAUCGGAUUCAACGCAUCUCCAGGCUUGAGUCUGCAUUGACUAAGGCUGAGGAAUACAUUUCUAAACUACCUCCAGACACACCCUAUUCUGAUUUUGAAUAUGUGUUACAGGGAUUCGGUUUUGAGAGAGGUUGGGGAGAUACUGCUGGAAUGGUUCUCGAGAUGAUGCAUCUCCUCUCCGACAUCCUUCAGGCUCCUGAUCCUUCUACUCUCGAAAAAUUUCUUGGUAGAAUACCAAUGGUGUUUAAUGUUGUCAUUUUAUCUGUGCAUGGAUAUUUCGGCCAAGCAAAUGUCCUAGGUUUGCCAGAUACAGGCGGUCAGGUUGUGUAUAUACUAGAUCAACUGCGUGCCUUGGAGAAUGAGAUGAUUCGAAGAAUAGAGAAGCAGGGGCUGAGCAUCACACCUCGAAUUCUAGUUGUUACUCGAUUAAUACCUGAUGCAAAAGGCACCUCGUGCAACCAGCGACUGGAAAGGAUAAGUGGAUGUGAGUUUUCACAUAUCCUACGUAUUCCGUUUAGAACCGAGCACGGAGUUCUUCGCCAAUGGAUUUCAAGAUUUGAUGUCUGGCCCUAUCUUGAGAAGUUUGCGGAGGAUUCGGCAAAUGAAAUUGCUGCCGAGAUGCAGGCUAUACCGGAUCUAAUUAUUGGCAACUACAGUGAUGGAAACCUGGUGGCUUCCUUAUUAUCUCAUAAGAUGGGAGUCACAGAGUGCACCAUUGCGCAUGCCCUGGAAAAAACAAAAUAUCCAGAUUCCGACAUAUAUUGGAAGAAGUUUGACGAGAAGUACCACUUUUCAUGCCAGUUCACUGCCGAUCUACUAGCCAUGAAUCAUUCAGAUUUUAUAAUAACCAGCACAUACCAAGAAAUCGCUGGAACGAAAAAUACUGUAGGCCAGUAUGAGAGCCACUCAUCUUUCACUCUGCCAGGUUUAUACCGUGUCGUCCACGGUAUUGAUGUCUUUGAUCCUAAGUUCAACAUAGUCUCCCCUGGAGCGGAUGAUUGCAUAUACUUUCCAUAUUCAGAGAAGGAAAGAAGACUGACUUCUCUCCAUGAAUCCCUUGAAAAGCUUAUCUAUGAUCCUGAGCAGAAUGCUGAGCACAUUGGUGUAUUGGAGGAUCCAUCAAAGCCCAUAAUCUUCUCCAUGGCGAGGCUCGACCGAGUUAAAAACAUAACAGGACUGGUGGAGCUGUAUGGUAAAAAUACCAAGCUAAGGGAAUUGGCUAAUCUUGUGGUGGUGGCUGGUUACCUAGAUGUAAAACAAUCGAGUGACAGAGAAGAAAUAUCAGAAAUCGAGAAGAUGCAUGCUCUCAUUAAGCAAUACAAUUUGGAAGGCCAGCUGAGAUGGAUAGCAGCACAAACGAAUCGAGCACGCAACGGUGAACUCUACCGCUACAUAGCUGACAAGAGAGGCAUUUUCGUUCAGCCUGCUUUGUAUGAAGCUUUUGGGCUGACGGUGGUUGAGGCGAUGACCUGUGGCCUUCCGACUUUUGCAACCUGCCAUGGAGGUCCGCUGGAGAUUAUCCAAGAUGGUAUAUCAGGGUUCCAUAUAGACCCGUAUCAUCCGGACAAGGCUUCUGUCCUUAUGGCAGAUUUCUUCCAAAAAUGCAGUGAAGAUCCAGAUUACUGGGUCAAUAUAUCUAAAGGAGGUCUUCAAAGAAUCCAGGAGAGGUAUACAUGGAAGAUUUACUCAGAAAGGCUGAUGACAUUGGCCGGCGUAUACGGCUUCUGGAAACACGUAUCGAAGCUGGAGAGGCGUGAAACUCGUCGCUAUCUUGAGAUGUUCUACAUUCUCAAAUUCCGCAACCUGGUAAAAUCUGUUCCUUUGGCUGGGGUUGAUGGUUCAGCUUAGAAGAGUAAUGAGGGUCUGCAGUCAGUGCUCCAGCCAUCAGCUUAAAAUAAGUUCCACAGAGAUGAAUGAAUAACGAGGGUGGUGGUGUUAUGUAUUUGUUUCUUCCCUUUCUCCUGUGGACUGGAUGGAGCAAAUAGUUGGUUCAAUUGCGCUGCUACUUUAAAGAAAGAUUGUAAGAAAUGAUAAAAGUAUGCAGUAUCACUUUUGUGCUGUUAACACUUUA